CAAAUUGAAGUAGACGAAAAAAAAAAAUUAGGUAUUUUGAUUUUGCUCUAAAAUAACAAUCCAAAAUAAAAAUUAUCUAGACAAUAAAUAUUUUAAUAAUUUUAAUAAUGUCUCGUCAUAUAUCAGACGCAGCAAAAAAGUUUCUGCUAUUAGGUCAAUGUGUUCCAACCGUAAAACAAAAUGCUACAAAAAUACGCGUAAAGAGGUUAGAAUUGGAUGAAAAUUUACUUAUGUAUUUCCGCAAAGACGAUUUCUAUUAUUGCCAUGAUCCUGAAAAGAAAUGCAAAAGUGGCGAUAUUGUGCUCAUACAAGCUUUACCACGAAACUUAACUAAAUUAAUUACACACGAAGUCAAAGAAGUUGUAUAUCCAUUUGGUGAUAUCACUGAUCCAGUUACAGGCAAAAAAGUUGCCAAAGAAAGGUAUCGUGAAGACAUAGAGAGGGAGGCCGAAAUUUAUGGGAAAUUACCAUCUGGUUUCGAUUACAAGAAAGCUCCACCUAGAGGUUGGCAAGAUGGAAAGAAAGAUUUCACCUCGAAACCAACUUAUACAAAAUUCCAUGUGUUUGAUGAAAAUGAUCCUUAUGCUGUGUAAUAUGUAUUUAGAAUAGUUUUAUAUAGUCAUUAAAGUAGUUGUCAUUUCACAA